GCCAGUGAGGCUCUCUCCCUCGCGCUUUGUUUUUCUGGAGCUCGGUUGAUGGCGUUGCGUGCCAAGCUCGAUCAGGGUUGGAUUGUCGACGUUGAGUAUGUGUAUUCAAUUUUUGUUGUGAUUCGGAGCUAUUUAUUUCCAUUGGAAUCUUGUGAUAAUUCGUGAUUCUGCUUAGGUGAUCCGUUUCGGAGGGUAGGAGGAGUGUGUUAGGAUUGGAGUUUAAAUCUGUGGAGAAAUGGGGUUUGUGGCGUGGUGGUAUGCGUGGACGCACGCGCUGCUGUACAUGUCGCCUUAUGUUUACUCUGCCAUUGGAAUCGCGAUCUCAAUUGGAGUGUCCGUCCUCGGGGCUUCAUGGGGGAUUUAUGUAACCGGGAGUAGUCUCAUCGGUGCAGCAAUCAAGGCUCCUCGGAUCACUUCGAAAAACCUAAUCAGUGUGAUUUUCUGCGAAGCAGUGGCUAUCUACGGAGUGAUUGUAGCUAUCAUACUGCAGACUAAGUUGGAGGCUGCUAAGCAGCCGUUUCACCCUGAUUCCAUGCGUGCUGGGUACUCAUUGUUCACUUCAGGAAUUAUCGUUGGCUUUGCGAAUUUGCUCUGCGGGCUGUGCGUGGGACUCAUAGGGAGCAGCUGUGCACUUUCAGAUGCUCAGAACUCCACAUUGUUUGUCAAGAUUCUAGUUAUUGAAAUCUUUGGGAGUGCGCUAGGCCUAUUUGGAGUUAUUGUGGGUAUUAUUAUGUCCUCUCAAGCUACAUGGCCAGCAGCUGUUGUAGCCUAAAACCUUUUGUAUUUUUAAGUGUUGUUAUAUCUAUUAUCUGCAAAUUGCGGGGGUUGCAUACCAAGACGCAAAUGGGUAUGAAUCUUCACUUAUUAUCAAUUCUGGCAUUCAUUGAUGCACCAUAAGUUAGCUGUUAGAACAGUCUUCUAAUCAGGAUCAGUUUAGGUGUAUUGCUCUCAGCAGCAUGAGAGAAUUUAUUCAUCCCAGAAAUAUUUAGGCGCGGAGCUUCUUCAGUCGUAUGCGCUUGUAGGACCUGGAUAGAAUUUUGAUAUUCUGAACAGAUGCAUUAUCGCUAUGGAUUCAUAUUUUAGGGGAUUGCAUCUGCUCUUCGAUGGUCAACAUCUUGUCGAUUAGGUGGGCCGUGGAAAAGAAAUUCUGUGGAUGAUCAGUAUGUGUGGCAGGCUUUAGGUAUAUUACACAUGGAAGGAUGAAUUUUUCAAAGAGAACAGCUGUUCUACUCCUCGGGUAGGACAACCAUGUUACCUAGUAAGAUUACUAAUGAAAAAGCAUUUUAGUAACCUUUA